AUGUUUCCAACUAAAAACUCUUCCACUUCACAAUCCCUUUCCUCAAAACCUACCAUUUCCUCCAACACAUCAUUGCAAAAUAUAGAAGUCUUUCGGGGGAUGUCAGGUUUCCAAGAGGAGAUGCGGUUAGCUGCUAGUACUCCGAAGAAGCGUGCAGGAAGGAAGAUAUUCAAGGAGACUCGCCACCCGGUGUAUAGGGGUGUGAGGAAGAGAAACUUAGACAAAUGGGUCUGUGAAAUGAGGGAGCCUAACAAAAAGACUAAAAUUUGGCUAGGGACUUUUCCAACCGCCGAGAUGGCAGCCCGAGCACAUGAUGUUGCCGCAAUGGCGUUGAGGGGCCGCUACGCUUGUCUCAACUUUGCAGACUCGGCAUGGAGGCUUCCUAUUCCUGCAACUUCUAAUACAAAGGAUAUACAAAAGGCGGCUGCAGAAGCGGCCGAAGCUUUUAGGCCAGGCAAGAUUUUAAAGACUAAGGAGAUUGAAACAGUUGUAGCUAUUGUCGCCGACGAGGAGUUGAUUAAUAUGUUUUGUGUGGAAGAGGAUGAGGAGGAAGCGUUGAAUAUUCCAGAGUUAUGGAGGAAUAUGGUACUAAUGUCCCCUACACAUAGCUUGGGAUAUCAUGAGUAUGAAGAUUUUGAUAUAAACUUUCAAGAUGAUGUGAUAUCACUAUGGAACUUUGAAAUUUGA